GUUAUUAAUACAGGGAUAAAAGUGUGGUGUCGCAAUAAUGAUGGAGAACAAUUCGCUUGUGCCUUCAGAUUAGCACAAGAGGGUAUAUAUACAUUGUAUCCUUUCAUCAAUGCCAGAACUAUUAAGGCUGGCAUAGAAGAUAUUAAAAUUUUGUUAACAGAAGAAAACCCAUUCUUAAGCAGAUUCAGUGAUGAAACACGCAGUCAAUUGAAUGGAAUGGCUGUGGGGAGCAUAGUCUUGAAAUAUGAACCAGACCCAAGCAAACAGGAUACCCAUCAGUGCUCUAUUUUGCUGUGUGGUUGGCUUGGCAAGACAUCCCUUCGUGCCUUCGUGCCCAAAAAUGAGAGAUUGCAUUACCUGAGGAUGAUGGGACUUGAAGUAUUCAAAGCAAAGAGGAAAGAAGAAAAUUUAGAAGGUCAAUUGGAAGCAGCAUCUAUAGAUACUUCGGGACAAGUGCUGGAAGAAAUGGAAUUUGAAUGUAAAACCAAAAACAUCAAUCAGUUACCGACAAUAAUAGAAGAUGAAUUGAAUGGACAACCUGAAAAAAAAUUAAUGGAAGCCAGCAUAGUAGGAAACCCUUCUUCCAUUGACAAAAAUGAAAAUACCAAAAAUAUGCAAAGCAAAAGUAACGUUGACAUUACUGAAAAAAAAGACUAAAAAGUCAAUUUGCGUUGACUAUCCACAUGCAUUUUUUUAUAAUUAUGUGCUGCAAAGCAUCUAAAAAUAAUUUUAAUAAAAAAGCUAUUUCAGUUGUUGAGAAAAGUGGUACAAAAUUAUUUUACAAGAGUUUUUUUUCCCAAACUUUUUUUUAUAUAAAUUGUUUUAAUCAAAUAAACACCAUGAUGCAAUCACUUGGGUGAAUCUGUUUCUACCAAUGGAUUUUGCAUCACUAAAAUGAUAUUAGUCAGUGUAGAAAUUAAAAUAGAUUUAUUGCUAUAUGAAUGUAACUUGUAAAUUUGAUUAUGAUUUUCUUCUAUAAUUUGUAAUAGAUUUCUUUGAGAGAGAAUUUUAUCUUUCAUACACUUUUAAUAAUUGUUGUUGUUCCUCUGAAUUUGCACAAUGAAAAUGAACUAUGUUGUCAGCAUACAGUAGCUUAAAUUUGAGCUGUGUAACUAUGAAUCCCAAAAUUUGGUUUCCAUUGAAAACCUAUGUAUUAGUUUUAUACCAUUUUCUUUCCGCCCAACCUGGCUUUUGUACCCUAAUAAUUGACUUCAGAUUGGGAUUUAGAGAAACAUCUGAAAAAUCAAUGUUACUGUAUUCACACAAAAUCUGUACCAAAAUUUUGUAAUGGUUUGUUCCACUAACCUUGGGUUACCUUGGGUAACUGACACACCCCGUAGGGAACUACAGCUUAUACUAAAAUCACAUGUUUCUGUUGACCCAAAUUAAUGCUCAGGUUGACUACCAGUUUUGUAUCACUUCAUUCCAUAGCUGCCUGGAUUUUGUACUACCAUAAUUAAGGGAGUACAGUAUAGGCAUUUGAUAUCUUGGUUCAGAGGAAAUACCUAAAACCCUCAGUCUUGCUGUAUUCCCCCAAAACCUAUGCCAGAGUUUAACAUUGGAUUUGUCUCAUCAAAUACGGGUUUUGUAUCCCCUCUUCCAAGAAUCGGUAUCUGAUGGGGAAUCUCUACCUUUGAAACACAAGUAUAGGUUCAUCAGAAUUGAUUGUGCUAGCUCUGUGAAACUCACCAUUCUGUUUUUUGCCUUUGCAUGUACUUCUAAAGAUCAAGACAUACCAUUAGAAAUUGUGCCAGCUCUUUGAGAGUCCUUAGGUGGUAAUGGAACAUGAUUCUAACAACUCUGUCCCUGUCUCCAGAAAAAGAAAAGUUCUCUGAUGUGGAAUCAUCCAAUUGAACAGAGUGGGAAUUUCUUCUGGAUGAAAAACUUGGAGCCCCAUUUUAACACACCAUGCUUUUUAACCUAUGAUUUGAUUAAGGGGCUGGCCUUGGAAUGGGGAGACAAGGUUUAAGCCCACCCUCAACCACAGAAGCUCAUGUGGCUGAGGGUGGGCAUAAAUGGGGAGGCAAGGUUUAAGCUCACUCCCUCAGCUCAACCUACCAUAUAGGGAGUGGUUUGGAAGGGAAAUAACAGAGUAUUUGUCAAGGCUAUGUAUGUUGCCUUGAGCCCCUGAAUGAAAGGCAGGAUAUAAAUCUAAUAAAUGAAAUAAGUUCCUCAUUAAAUGGGCUUAUCCUUUCUUACUAGAAACAAGGGGAUGGUGAUGAGGAAUCUGACAUUUGAUUUUCAAGCUUAUGCAGUUCAAUAGGAUUAUUCUGUCCCCGCGGCUACAUUGUAGAUACUGUGCUUCUGGUGUUACUGCUAGUAACAAUAACCAACAAAAUUUAAGGAUCAAAAGGUAUUUUCUCUACACUCAAGAAAAAUCAUGCCAUAUAUUUAAAUGUCAUCUUCAAUAGCUUCUAAAACUGGGUUUGCCCCUCUUUAAAGAAAAUGUCUGCAUCUGGCCGUGCUCGAAGACCUAAAGUCAGGAAGAGUUAGAUAGGAAGAGUUUUAUUUGGAAGAAGACCUAGCCCUAAGUAAUUCUGUUUCAUCUUGAUUAUAAUCCCCCUUAUUUGAAACUGUUAAAGAUUUCUGUUUUAGCUACAAUAAUUAUUAAUCUGAUAGUACUUUCAUCUCCCUCUGCAUAAGCACUGGCUAUACUACUUUUAAUGUUCUUUUUAUUUCUGGGAUUCCAGUUUCUUCUAACUCUAUCCAUAAAACCCUAUUAUAAGCAUUUUUUUUAUUAUUACAGUAAAACCAUCAGCAAGGGCACUAUUUUCUAGAAAAUAAAGCAUUUGAGGUAAACAAUUACUGAUUCUGGGUAAAUUAAUCACAAUUGUACUUUCCUCCAAAGAAAAGUGUAUAGCUCAGACAAUUCUGGCAAGAUGACCUUGGAGCAAAAAUAUAUCAUAUAUGAGCCUUCCUUAAUCUAAUGUUUGGCAUGUCUGUAUUCCCAUGAUUUUCAUCCUCCCUCCCCCCUCCCCCCUCCAAUAUUUUAUCAUUGAGACUCAGCACACUUAAAAAAGAAACUACUCCAAGAAAGGCUAUUUGUGGUUAAUAAAACUGUAUCUUAUGUCCUGACUUUGUUAAAAUAUGCAGUCUAGAUUUAAGGGUCCCUUCCCCCUCAACCCCACCUGCUUACAAUAUAACCUACCUCCAGAUCUUGAAUUGUAUCUUCUCUUGAACAAUUUUGUUUAGUUAAUGAAGCAACAUUACCAGCCAUAUUUAUAAAUCCAUUCCUUCCAGAUUGGACUUCUAGGAUAUUGAAGGCAUUGGCUGUUUAAAGUA